AUGACGGCCGGCCUGUUUCUCUUGGGGGAAGCUUUUGAUCCAAAAUUCAGCGAGUACAUGAAAUUCUUGUUUCAGGUCCCCAACUUCAUUUGCGGAGGUUCGUCCCGAUCCCCGAGGAUCACAGAGCACCCGACGGACAUCACUGUCCCCAGGAGCGAGCCGGCAACUCUCAACUGCAAAGCCGAAGGCAAACCUCCCCCAACCAUCAGGUGGUUCAAGGAUGGACAGAUUGUGAGGACAUCCCCGCAGGAUCCCAAGUCUCAGCGGGUCCUACUGCCAACAGGAUCGCUGUUCUUCCUUCGCGUCGUCCACGGGAAGAAAGAGGACGAUGCCGGCGUCUACUGGUGCCAGGCGACGAAUGAAGUUGGCACCGUCACCUCUAAUAAUGCCACCUUGGAGAUAGCAGUUCUGCGAGAUGACUUCCGUGCGUCUCCUGCUGACACGGUGGUUGCCUCCGGUGAAACGGCAUUGUUGGAGUGCAUACCCCCAAGGGGCCAUCCCGAGCCACUGGUCAGAUGGCGUCAUAAUGGACAACUAAUUCAAGUCCCAGAGUCUCACAAACAUGAAGUUGUGGAUGAGGGCACACUCGUGAUACGUCAAGUAGACCAGCAUGAUGGUGGUCAGUAUACUUGUGAAGCGUGGAACCUUGCCGGAUCCAAAACUACGACACCCAUUAACCUCUAUGUACAUAUCAAGCCUACUUUUCUGAGAGGUCCAAAGGACACAGUAACAUUAACAGAACGGACAGUAGAAUUUGAAUGCCAAGUGAGUGGUGAUCCAACACCGCAAGUGUCUUGGCGAAGACUUCGGGGACCCCUUCCAGAGCAUCGUACACAUAUUUUAGAUGAUCAUACUUUAAGGAUUAGUCGAGUGAGUCCAAGUGACGAGGAUACUUACGUCUGUGAGGCUGUUAAUGUUGUCGGCACUGCUCGUACCAAUGCCACCUUAACUGUGUACACACCACCUGAAUUUUUAGUUCGGCCUCAGGAUGUACGAGCAUCAGCAGGAUCUUCAGCUGCAUUUGAAUGUCUUGCUGUUGGCCGACCCCCUCCUCUCGUUGUUUGGAGUAGACAAGAUGACCACAAUUUGCUACUUCCUCGACAGGAUACUCCUUCUGGUGAACCAGAUGACCGACCCAACGUUUGGGUUAAUGCAGAAGGCACACUUAUAAUAAAUGAGGUUAGCCGAAGUUUAGCUGGUUGGUAUUCAUGUGCUGCGGUAUCUGCUGCUGGAUCUUUGGUUGCAAGAGCCCUUCUUGAUGUCCCUGCCCCAACACUUCAUCCUCCUCCUGUAUUUGUUGUGAAACCACGUAACCUCACAGUUACACCAGGUGCUGUUGCGUUACUUGUUUGUCAAGCUACGGGUGACCCCCAGCCAAGAAUAUCUUGGAGCAAGGACGGAAAUGAUCUCGCUGAAAAUGAUGCAAGGUACAUGCUCUUGGGCUCUGGAACACUACAGAUAAACGAUGUUAGAGCCGGAGAUCAAGGAAAGUAUACAUGCACAGCUACAUCAGAAGCAGGUUCAUCAGCUGUGAGCAGCAUUGUCGAAGUCGUUGAACCAGAUAGUAAAAUUGCUAGUAAUAUUAUGCCUGCUCCUGAUCCAAAUGAUUUACCUGGACCACCCAAGGCCCCAAAGUUACGUGCUCACAAUUCUACUGCAAUUACUAUGUACUGGGCUCCACCUGAUAAUGAAGGAGCAUCACCAAUUACUAGUUAUAGAUUGGAGGUAUGGAGUGGCCGUGGAGAUUGGCAACCUAUAGAAGACCAUAUUCCAGCUGAAUCGUAUACACUAGCUGGUCUUCAACCAAAAACUCAGUACCGAGCUGUAGUCAGGGCUAUGAAUAUGCAUGGUGUCUCACCAGCAUCUCCAAUAUCAGAACCAUUACUAACAGAGGACCAUGAUGGUACAGGGCAGAUUCCUGUUGAAAAUGAGAAGCAAGUUCGAGCAGUUCUGUCUCAGCCACUAGUGACACUACUUCAACCCACUCCAGUUUCUUCCACUUCUCUGAGACUUACAUGGAAGGUGCAAGAUUAUGAAGACUACAUUGAUGGGUACUAUAUUAGGUAUCGUGAGGUUGGUUCCACACAUCACUUCCAAAUGAAAAAGGUGGUCCGUUCCGCAAAGAAUACAUACACCUUAACUGACUUGGCUAAAUUCACUGAGUAUGAAAUUUUUGUUGUUCCUUACUACAGAGGAAUACAUGGCCAUCCAUCAAAUUCUAGGAUUAUCAUGACAUUGGAAGAUGUUCCUACUGCACCUCCAACUGGAGUAGAGAGCUUGGUAUUGAAUACUACCAGUGUUGUGUUGUCUUGGCAGCCUCCACCGAUUGCACAUACAAAUGGUCACAUAACUCAUUUCUCCUUAUGGUUAUUUAUUAACAAGACUGAGUGGCAUUCCAAUUUAACGGUUGCUGGAUCAUUACAUAGUAUUACUCUUCACAAUCUCACAUUUGGAGCCCACUUCACUGCUACUAUUGCAGCUCACACCAGAGCUGGACAGGGUCCAACUAGUGGAGGUCACACAUGGUUGCAAGAUCCUUCUGCAAGAGAUGGAGCAGAGGAACCACGUAGAGUACAAACACCUCUUGUAGCUAUGUUGAGGGAAACCUGGUUCAUUGGAGCUGUUGGUGCAGCUGGUUUUAUUGUUCUGUCAAUAUUUGUAGCUGUAGUUUGCUACCGUCGGAAAAAGCUUGAAAAAAGAGCUAUGGGAGGUUAUAAGCUUGAUAGCAGGAGUGUUAAUGGCACUAUGACAGGUGGUCUUUGGAUUGAAAGGGGGCCAUGGGGAUCUUCUCCCGCUGCUGUAGAGGAAAAAACUGAAAAUGGACCUGAAAAGUUACUUAAUCUUCACACUGCUGCUGCAGAUUAUGCUGAAGUUGAAGGACCUCCCAUGUCCCUUGUACCUCCUGGACCUCAAACUUUGGGAACACCUGUGGCUUAUGCUACCACAAACAUUGUUCAUGGAAGAAAUGGUGAGAAGGUGGAGCCAAAUAUUCCUGUGUAUGAUAGCAUGUAUGGGGACAAUAGUGGAGUACACCAGGGUGAUGAUAACCUUGUGCUUUACUGCACUCUCAAAAAGCAACAUCUCCACAAACCUACACUUUCACCUGCUGGUGCCAACAAACAGAUUCAUGUUGGACCUCAGCGUGGCUACUUGUCCCCAUGGGAACAUUACUCACCCCCUCCCUUGCCAGAAAACCCACCUCCUGGACCUCCUCAUCAACAUAUUCCACAUCUUCAAAUACCUCAGCAGCAUCUUUUCUACAGGCAGCAGUCUCCUGUCAUCACGAGGGCUUUGGCUCAUCAGAUGUCAGCAACGAAUUCCCUGCCACGCCACAUGGGUAAACCUAAGGCAAGUCCUGUAAUACAAAAAAGAGGAGUAAAUACUGGUGAUUUCGAUUUAAAAGAAAGCACAACUUCAUCGAAAGAGCUGACCGUUCCUGACACUCCAACUUCUUUGAAGAAUUCCAAAGAUGAAAUUUUGACUUCUCCAGGAGUUGGGCUGCAAGGGCUUCAAGGUUUGAGUGGAUCAAAAAUAAUUGGUGCACAAGGAGUUCCAAGACAGGCUUGGGAAAAUGGUACUGGAAAGCUUCCUGACAUGUAUGGAAGUAGUUUAAUCAGUCAGGAUCGUAUAAACGAGGACUCCGAUAAGACAUGCCCAUACAGUGAUGGUACUGUCAUAUACACUGAUCAGAGUGCCCUUUAUGAAUCCACCUCUGCCUUUUAUGGAAGCACACCUGAUAAGACCUAUGUUGCAGACAGUACGAAUCCUCUGAUAUCAUCCCAAAAUACACAUCUUGACCUUAAACACAACUCUCAUAAUAUUGCUCUGCAAAAUAGUCCUCAGAAGAUUAAGGAUACCAGAGAUCAAGAGAAUAUGCAUGAUGUUCAUGCAGUUUCAGGAUCCUUAUUGCAAACAAAGCAGCAUUCUCGGUAACCUGAGGAUGGCCAGUUUUCCAUUAUCAUUAAUUGUAAGUGGUACUUUUAAGUAGAUAGCUAGAAAAAACAUUUGCAGUAUAUUAAGCCCACAUGCUGUAUUGAUAUCAGAAAGGUAGAUUAUAGGGCCUGAAUGUUACAAUGAAACCUGUGAUGUCUGUCAAGUUUUACAAAACCAAAGGAUGAAACAUUUUGUGGUUAUACUAUGUACAUGAGUGUUUAAUGUAUAGAUCCCAAUCUUCCCUUCCAAAUCCUUCUCUAAAGGUGUAUAAUAUUCUAUAGUACUACUUAAAUUUAGUACGUACAGUAUAACCAGAUAUUUAAAUUGAAUGAAUGUGUAUGCAUUAUGAUUACCACAGAAUAUAUAUUUAUUAUUAUACAAUUACUGAAUGUAGGUUUGUGCGAUUAAAUAAUUCUCUAGUCA